CUCCAUCGGUCCGACUCUCAAGCAUUUCCCUUCUCAACUAGCUUCUUUUUCCAAAUAUUUCAUGUAUCUGACUUUGCUUUUCCUGAGGGCAUUUUAAUUUUGUAUUUGAUCAAUCAUUGCCUAAACUUCCCCUAACUUAAACAUUUUUCUUUCAGAUUUAUUAUUUCGCUUUAAAGUCUAAUUAUGUCUGAACAAUUUUCACAUUUGAGCUGCGAAGAACUUCGUCAGGAACUUGUCAAAAACGGUAUUCAAUGUGGUCCAAUUGGAACAACAACUCGCAAAGUUUAUGAGAAGAGACUGGAGAAAAAAUUGGCUGACGACAGGAAAAAUCAAGUUAAUACUAGUCGAAUGUCGAAUCGCGAGACUGUAGGAAGUUCUUCGGCAAGUUUGCGAAGUGUUCCACAGAGAAGGAGUUUUGAGAUGCCAGGACGUGAGAAUGUCUUUAAUUCUUCAAUAUCUGCGCGUAAUGUUUCUCAGCAAAGUUUUGUAGCGCCGAAUCGUGAGGUUUAUUCCUUUCAGAUUCUGGUCUAUUCCUUUUUUCAGCAUAGCUUCAGUUCCUCAAUUUCUUCGCAAAACGUUUCUCGAAAAAGCUUUGAGGGGGGUCGUUUUUUGGAUGAUGAAGAGGAUGAUCAUAUGGAGUCUUCACGCAUUGUUUCACCGCAAAGACGAUUUACUGGAGGCAGGAAUGUUGUCAAUAAAAAAAUUUCGCCAAUCGAGAAAUUCAAGACUGCUUGGAGUUAUUUUUCUCGUUCUAUUGGAACUUCUACGCCGUGUAGUGAUUACAAUUAUCACAAUAAAUAUCCAACAAACAAAUAUCGACGUUCUGAUAAUUAUGCGAAUUUUUCUGAUGUCGGCACCAAACCUUCAUUUAAUUUCUCAACUAUUUCGGACCAUUCAAGAUGGAUUGUUUUGGCAGCGAUUGGUGUCUUUGUAACAAUCUUUUCAACUUAUAUUUAUAAAGUUCAUACAGAAACUUUACAUUCAACUGUUGUUUCUGUUAAAGCCGUUCUUCUCUUCCUUUUCUUUUACAAAGUGUUUUACUGGCGCAAAAAUCGAAAGAUCCAACAUCAGGAAGCAAUUAUUCGACUUGUUGAAAGAAUUACAGAUCUUAUUUAUGAUUCUGGAUAUGCUGGAAUAGCAGAACCACAUGUUCGGGAUAUGUUGAUGCCUCCGACAAAACGAACAAAUGAAGAUUAUGCCCUUUGGUUAGAAGCUGCUCGAUUUAUUAAUAAUGAAGAUUCUCGUGUUAGAACAGAAAUUCGUUUAAUUAAUGGAACAGAGUGUAAUGUUUGGAUUUGGAUUGGUGCUGGAAAACAACGUUGGCAGGGAACUGCUGUAGCAGAAGGUUCUCCAUCUUCUCGAGUGCCAGAAGCUGCUUUGAGUCGUUGUUUAAAGCUGAGGGGCUUAAACUUUUCUGACAAUAGAACAGACCGUGAAUGUUUGCGAAAAGAAUUGAUGGAAAAAAUGUCUGUUGUGCCAAAACAUAUUGAUUUUUGUAACAAUGCUAUAAGCCGUGAAAGUGUUGUCUAUCUAAUGCUUAAGGAUUUGAAUGAUGCAAAAAAGGCUUUCUCAUCACUUCAUUCGCAAUGGUUUGAUGGAAAUAUAAUUACAGUGAAAUAUAUUAAAGAUGAACGUUAUGCUGAAAGAUUUCCUGAACUGAAAUGAUUUUAAAAGGAAAUAUUUCUUUGCAGGUUUCAACAUUUAUUCAAUAUAAUGAAUUAUGUUUUAUUUAAUUUGGUGGUGUGACAAUUUUGGGAUACGAGAGGUUGAGUAUUUACGGACAAACAACUUUUUAUUUCGUGGCUCUGGUCUAUAGUUUAUGAAUAGGGUUGCCGUUUUCGAGUCCAUUUUUUGGGCCUCGUUUU